CACAAGCAAUUCUCCUGCCUCAGCCUCCCGAGUAGCUGGGAUUACAGGAGCCCACUACCAUGGCCGGCUAAAUUUUAAAAAUAUUUUUAGUAGAGACAGGGUUUCACUAUGUUGGUCAGGCUGGUUUUGAACUCCUGACCUGAUGAUUCACCCAUCUGGGCCUCCCAAAAUGCUGGGAUUACAGACGUAAGCCACCGCACCCAGCCUUUUAUUUAUUUUGAGACAGUCUGUUGCCCAGCAUGAGUGCAGUGGAAUAAUCGUAGCUCACUGAGGCCUCAACCUCCCAGGUACAACCAUAUCUGGCUAAUUUUUAAAUUUUUUGUAGAGCCAAGGUCUUACUUUGUUGCCCAGGCUGCUGUCAAACUCAUGGACGUCAACAAUCCUCCUGCCUCAGUCUCCCAAAGCACUGGGACUACAGGCAUGAGCCACUGCGCCCAGCCUUCCUGACCUGUAUGGGUCUACGUUAUGUAGGGUGAUCAUGCACAGUCCCUACAUGUCCCUGUGCAGCCAGGGCAGUCAGCUGCUGCAGUUGUGCGCUGGGAAAUCCUCCAGGGCCCUGCUCUCAGCAGACACGGAAAUGAAAAUCACUUCCAGAGGAGCAGGUUGUCUGGGCCUGGAAGCCAAGGGAGCUCCAGAGGGAAAACUGAUCACUACGGGCUGUGGGCCUGGUCUCAGGCCACCCGAGCUUCCCUCACCCUCCACCAGAGGUCCCCAGUGAGACUCAGCCCCGCUCCCUGUCCCCGCAGAGCCUUGGCCUGCCUCCCGGGUUUGCAGUUGUGAUUUAUUUUUGGUACGUCAGCCACUGGUCAUCAAAUAGCAAAACCCAAAACAAGAGCAGCACGGUAUCUUCCAAGUGUCUGCUCAGGACACGGCUUCAGCCCUCGGUGGUCCCCUCUCCCCAGGGACCCUGAGGCUUUUGGGAUUCUUGUCAAGCUCCUUCCAGAGCCUGCAAGGACUUAACGAGUCGCCCAGAGUCCACCCGCUGAGCAUCUGAGCAUGACCCGGGACGAGGCACUGCCAGACUCUCAUUCUGCACAGGACUUCUAUGAGAAUUAUGAGCCCAAAGAGAUACUGGGCAGGGGCGUUAGCAGUGUGGUCAGGCGCUGCAUCCACAAGCCCACGAGCCAGGAGUACGCUGUGAAGGUCAUCGACGUCACCGGUGGAGGCAGCUUCAGCCCCGAGGAGGCGCAGGAGCUGCGAGAAGCCACGCUGAAGGAGGUGGACAUCCUGCGGAAGGUCUCAGGGCACCCCAACAUCAUACAGCUGAAGGACACCUAUGAGACCAACACUUUCUUCUUCUUGGUAUUUGACCUAAUGAAGAGAGGGGAGCUCUUUGACUACCUCACUGAGAAGGUCACCUUGAGUGAGAAGGAAACCAGAAAGAUCAUGCGGGCUCUGCUGGAGGUGAUCUGCACCUUGCACAAACUCAACAUUGUGCACCGGGACCUGAAGCCUGAGAACAUCCUUCUGGAUGAUGACAUGAACAUCAAGCUCACAGACUUCGGCUUUUCCUGCCAGCUGGAGCCCGGAGAGAGGCUCCGAGAGGUCUGUGGGACCCCCAGUUACCUGGCCCCUGAGAUCAUCGAGUGCUCCAUGAAUGAAGACCAUCCAGGCUACGGGAAGGAGGUGGACAUGUGGAGCACUGGAGUUAUCAUGUACACACUGCUGGCCGGCUCCCCGCCCUUCUGGCACCGGAAGCAGAUGCUGAUGCUGAGGAUGAUCAUGAGUGGCAACUAUCAGUUUGGCUCACCCGAGUGGGAUGAUUACUCAGACACCGUGAAGGACCUGGUCUCCCGCUUCCUGGUGGUGCAACCCCAGAGCCGCUGCACAGCAGAGGAGGCCCUGGCGCACCCCUUCUUCCAGCAGUACGUGGUGGAGGAAGUGCGGCACUUCAGCCCCCGGGGGAAGUUCAAGGUGAUCGCUCUGACUGUGCUGGCUUCAGUGCGAAUCUACUACCAGUACCGCCGAGUGAAGCCAGUGACCCGGGAGAUCGUCAUCCGAGACCCCUACGCCCUCCGGCCUCUGCGCCGACUCAUCGACGCCUACGCCUUCCGAAUCUACGGCCACUGGGUGAAGAAGGGGCAGCAGCAGAACCGUGCUGCCCUCUUCGAGAACACACCUAAGGCAGUGCUCCUCUCCCUGGCUGAGGAGGACUACUGAGGGGCUGGCCAGUCAGGGAGGGCUGGGGGCAGGUGGGGAGGGGAAGCCAGGGAAAUAAAAGCCAAAGGGGUGAGACGCAUGCAGGCCUCUGCAGAAGGAGCUCUUGGCCCUCACCAGAAAGCCCUGGAGUUGAGGCCAUGACCCCCUCUCACAGGCUGUGCAUGAGGGAAGUGGGUGUUCCCACCACACAGCAAUACCUGCAGGCUGGCCAGGCCCUGGGUGGGCAGAGAUGACAUGUGGCCUGAACCAGGGGCCCCCUGCUCCUCCCCUUCCUAGAUGAGCCACCAUCUCAGUUUCUCUUUAGUUACUGACACUCGGGCCCUCUUUCCUUAGGGUCCUAGGGUGAGGAUCAAAGACACAGAAAUGAGGUUGUAUUGACCCCACGACCUCUAGUGACAGUGCAGGAGCAGGCUACUCUCCAGGAACAUGUCUUUGGAGGCAUAUGGAGAAGGGGAACCAGGUGCGGUGGCUCACACCUGUAAUCCCCGCACUUUGGGAGGUCAAGGUGGGAGGACUGCUUGAGGCCAGGACUUCAAGACCAGCCUGGGCAACAUGGUGAGAUCCCAUUACUAUAAAAAUUCAAAAAAUUAGCCAGGCAUGGUGGUGCACACUUGUAGUCCCAGCUACUUGGGAAGCUGAGGUGGGAGAAUUGCUUGAGCCCAGGAGUUCAAGGCUGCAGUAAGCCGUGAUCACCACUGUCCUCUGUGUGGGCAACAAAGCAAGACCCUGUCUCAGAAGAAUUAAAAUAAAAAGCAACAGAAUGGGAAGCUUC